AUAAUCGUCGAAAGAUACACAAAAGAGCAGAACCUGCCUUUGAUCGAUCGUAGUAAAUUUCUGGUUCUACAGGACGUCACUGUUUCACAGCUGGCAACACUUUUGAGGGACCGUAUGCGAGUUGGACCUAACCAGGCAUUUUAUUUACUCAUCAACGAAAGGACAAUGGCUGGUUUGUCGAAAAGUCUAGGAGAAAUCUACAAGGAGCACAAGGACGAAGAUGGAUUCCUAUAUGUAACUUAUGCCUCUCAAGAGGCAUACGGUGGAGAU